UUUCAGCGUUGCGUCGUGAAAAUUUUGCGUAUUCGGCUCUGCCUUUUAUGUUUGUGAACUCACUGACGUGAUCGGACAUGUUAUUACGUCAUUAUUUUUGAAAAGUGUGACCGGCUUCAAACGCGCAAUUGAAUUUAUGCUACUCUUUUAGACUUUCAUAUUCUGCAUAUUGUUUUUUGUUACUCACCGCAUAAGCGCCAUUUUCGAUUCUGACAGUAUCGAACUCUGUGUUAGAGUCUGAGCCAUUCUCAUGCGAAGAAGAAGAAGAUGCGUAUUCGGCUCGUGCGUGCCAUUGCUCCUCUCGUAGUUGUUGCAUCUCCCGCAAAAGACCUGCCUAAAGAGCGAUCGUCGUAGGUGACAUUUCUUGUGACAUCCUCACGAUUGACACAACAGGAGAUUGCUCUGUCGACGUGUCGCUGGGCAACGCGACUUUUAGGACUUCACGAUCUACGUCGGCACGACAUGGGCAAAGCAACCUGCCAUCGACGGACGGAACUUCUGUGUCGAAGAAAGUACUCCCGUCAGCAACGGGCGGAAUUUCCGUCAUCCAGCAGAGUAUCUUGAUGCUCGAGCGGAGAUUCUAAGCUUCCGCCUGCAGUCAUCGAUACACGCUCACGCAAGAACAGCCUCCCCAGGAUCGCACCAACGAAGGAAACUACAUCAUCGAGGACGUUCCUACGCACAAUAUCGGUCAUCGUGUAAUAACGUUGGAUACUUCGCACACAUUUUAUCAUACUACUGGACGGUAUUGAACAGCUUUUGUAUAGAAAAGAGGAGAUUGCGGAUGCCCGAGAACAACCUUUAAGUUCUGUGAUACAAAUAAUGAAAGGGCGUCAUCAAUUUCGCCGUCGCUUCAGCCUACAACCUUCAGCACACUUGAAAGAAGAACAGGAGGAUGGAACAACAAAGAACAUCAGAAAUGAAAAACUAACAGAAUCGAACAGUGAUAGUGGAAAGUCGUCCGAAAGUUCAGUUCGGCACAAAAUUGUAGUGAUGGGCGCAGCAAAAGUCGGCAAGUCUGCAAUCAUCAAUCAAUUCCUAUACAAUACUUUUACCCCAAAGUAUAAGCGGACUGUCGAGGAGAUGCAUCAUGGAAAUUUUAAUGUUUCUGGAAUCCAUUUAUUACUUGAUAUUCUCGAUACGUCCGGCUGGUACGAAUUCCCUGCGAUGAGAGAGCUUUACAUCAAAUCGGCUGGCGCCUUUAUUUUAGUUUACGAUGUAAAUGAUUCAAACACAUUUCUCGAGGUGAAAACACUCCGUGCCCAGAUACACAGCACAAAAGGAGCAGUUCCGAUUGUAGUCGUUGGGAACAAAAUCGAUCUUGUAGAGACAAAAAAAGAGGUGGAGACCGAAAGAACUAGAGAAUUUGUAACCACGACAUGGAAAAAUGGCUUUGUAGAAGUAUCUGCGAAGGACAAUCUCAACAUCUCUCAAAUAUUUAAGGAACUUCUUAUCCAAGCGAAGUUGAAAUAUGAUUUGAGUCCGGCAUUGCAACGUCGUCGUCGACAAUCUUUGCCGCCUCCGCAACAUACAAACUCGCGCAGCAGCAGUAGUACCCACGUGCCGUCCGUAACUCAGUUACAACAUUUGCAACAAGUUCGUGAGCGUUCCGAUUCCAAAAGGAAUUCCUGUAGCCUAUCGUAAGAUGACAACCCUUUGAUAUUGUCGCGAAAUAUCUUUCUUUGAUACCGAAUUAGUUCAGUCUCGUGCAAUUAUCCAGUCAUUAUACAAUAUGUCAGGCGGUUAAUUGAUUCAAAUUUGUUUGCGGAUUACAAAUGUAAACCUUGUGUGGACCUUGGAUAUCGAUCACAUGAAAUUUGAAUAGCUUGCGCAAACCCGUGAAAAAGGUCGCUACAAUUCGAUAUUUGUCCAUAAUGUAAUUUUUUUACUGUUCCGGAAUC